AUGCCAGCGCAACUGCUAUUCUUCAUGGAACGUAUUAACACACAGAUCUCUCAAGGAUUCGAGAUUCUGGUUCUCGCUCAAGCAUAUCUAGGAAAAACUAAUGCUGAAGUUAUAUCUUCUAUGGAACGGCAGUAUGCCGAGCAGAAGGCGAAGUUCGAGAAAUGGAAAAUUGAUAACAGUCGGCAAAUUGGAACUGAAUCCUACAAUAAGUAUGUGCAGCAGUUUCUUCAAUGGGAAAAGGAGGUAUUCGAAAAAAAAGCCAAAGUCGCUGCACUUGUUCAGUCAGAAGCGGCAAUCGCCGCAGGGCCAGCGAAUGUUGAUUCGAUUCUUGGCCAAUUGCUAGAUGACGUUCUUCCUAUGGAGUUUUUGAUGGCCCUUGUGACUGUUCACAUGAAGGAUAACACAUUUCUUCCUUGUGUGAUAGAAAACUUCAGAAAAGCUCAAACUGGUGAGUUGGAUCAAUCGAAGCUUCUGGUUUCUGCAGCGCAGUACCACCCUGCCGUUGCCCCAACGCCACAAUAUUAUCAUCCUGUUGGAACCGCAUCGCACACAGGAUUGACACUGCAUACAGUACCUAACACAGCAGUGACGUGGGCCACAACUGCUGCACCGGCGGGUCCUAAAUAUAGGUUACUGACUGCUGGUAAGCCCUCUGAUCACGGGAAGAAGGCUGUUCCUGAAUUGGAAAAUGACAAGGAAGCUCUAUCAAGUGACACCGAUGGAAGCGUUGAAAAGUCUGUCGUAGGAAGAAAAAAAGCAAUGGGUAAAAGAUGCCGUGGUAGUGAAUUGAUUGGUGCCGGAAUGGCGAGGGUUCAAUUAAUUCGGAUUUCUCAAUAUGAUCCGUUUAGUAUAAUCCACGCAAUAGACGACAGCGGAUCUAAAAGUUUGCAAUGUCUCAAAGACAUCAGUGAGAAAGCUGUGCGGAGAGUGAAAAUGUUUGUGAGCCAACCGAUCAAGGAGCAUACAUUGCAAUGCUUCAUCAGUAAAGUGCAAGCGAAAAAAGAAGCCAAAGAGUCUGGAAGAAUUGCGCAGAACUGUGAAGUGAAACGAGGUGACGACGUGUUCCCCCAGCCACUGCAACGACAGAAAAGCAGAGAAGUACGGUUCCUUUUCACUAUUGGCUGGAAACCGUCACUGGCUAAAAGACUUGCUUUUCAGAUUGUCAAGAAUCAGAAAGAGACAUUCAGUCUGCUGAGGGAUGACAGCACCGAAGACGACCUUGAGUUAAACGCUGAGGUAGCUCUUGAUGUCAGCAAAGGAAAAGUCAAGUUGGUGAACAUGCCAGAAACACCAGAGAUUAUGUCAAGUGCUUUAAGAAAUUGUCGUUCAAGUCACAUUCGUCGACCUCAUCUAAGAGUAGUCGGAGAAGAAAGUCAGACACUCCGAAAAGUGGUCGAAGACGGGGAUCAGACUCCUCCAGGCGUGGUCGGAACCUCAGCUUAG